GUCCACAGGUGGACACGCCUCCACAUAGCCCCGCCCACACGGGCCGUCACAUCGGCCUUUUAAAGUUUCACAGUAACUUGAAUUUUUCACAGAAGCUGAAGAAGAAGAAGAAGAAGAAAAUGGCGGACUCCACCAGCAGCUGCUCUUCAUCAGCCAACUCCUCAUCUUCAUCAGUCAGACGUCUCACUCUCUCAGCCUUUCAGCUCGUUCACUGGAAACAACCGAAGAAGUCGGCUGCAGCUUUCGGCCUGUCGCUCCUGGUCCUCGUCUCCGUGGCAACCCUGUCUGUCAUCAGCGUGGUGUCCUACCUGCUGCUCGCCGGCCUCUGUGUCACCAUCACCUUCCGGGUUUAUAAAUCAGUGAUUCAGGCCGUCCAGAAAUCAGACGAAGGUCAUCCAUUCAGGGGUCUGCUGGACAGGGACAUCUCAGUGUCCUCGGAGUCGGUCCGGCAGCUGGCGGAUCAGGGUCUGAUCCACCUGAACUGGUUCAGCAGUGAGACCAGGAGGCUGCUGCUGGUGGAAGACCUGGUGGAUUCCCUGAAGCUGGCUGCCGUCAUGUGGCUGAUGACCUAUGUUGGUUCUGUGUUUAAUGGAGUCACCAUCCUAAUCCUCGCUGACAUCAUGUUCUUCACGGCUCCGCUGAUCUACCAGAAGAAAAAGGUACAAAUUGACGACAUCAUAACAUCAGCUCGCUGCAGGUUUGACGAGAAGCUGCUGAAGCUGCAGAACGUUUUACCAGGAGCCGUGAAAAGAACCAAAGCUGAGUGACCUGAAGACACACCUGUGGUUCCGCCCUCUCCUCUGAUUGGUCCGUUUGUCACUGAUGAAUUUACUUUGAACGUCUUUAAUAAAAAACAGAUUAAAAAAACAGCAGUCUGAACUGACCCCACCUCCCAAUGAUCAGUGAGCUUUAAAGACAAAUAA